GCCGCCGCCUGCGCUGCCAGCGGGCCGGUGCUGCGGGUCAGGAGCCUCUCCAGGGAGGUGGCAGUCGCGCCUCGCCUCUACCCCGCUUUCCCCUGUGCCCUCGGCGCGGCCCUCUCGCCCUCCCUCUCUCCGCCGCCGGCCGGGGGGCUGCGGCCGCCGCCGCUGCCAUGGGGCUGCCCACGCUGGAAUUCAGCGACUCCUACUUGGACAGCCCGGAUUUCAGGGAGCGCCUCAAGUGUCACGAGAUCGAGCUGGAGAGGACGAACAAGUUUAUCAAGGAGCUGAUUAAGGACGGCAGCCUGCUCAUCGGGGCCCUGCGAAAUUUAUCCAUAGCAGUGCAAAAAUUUUCACAGUCUUUACAAGAUUUUCAGUUUGAGUGUAUUGGAGAUGCUGAAACAGAUGAUGAAAUUAAUAUUGCCCAGUCACUAAAAGAGUUUGCUCGGCUCCUGAUUGCUGUUGAAGAGGAGAGAAGACGACUGAUCCAGAAUGCUAAUGAUGUGCUAAUAGCACCGUUGGAGAAGUUUCGUAAAGAGCAAAUAGGAGCAGCAAAAGAUGGGAAGAAGAAGUUUGACAAGGAAAGUGAGAAAUAUUAUUCCAUCUUAGAGAAGCACUUAAAUUUAUCAGCAAAGAAGAAAGAAUCUCAUUUGCAAGAUGCAGAUACACAGAUUGAUAGAGAACAUCAGAACUUUUAUGAAGCAUCAUUAGAAUAUGUUUUUAAAAUUCAAGAAGUGCAAGAGAAAAAGAAAUUCGAAUUUGUAGAACCUCUCUUGGCCUUUCUUCAAGGAUUAUUUACAUUUUACCACGAAGGAUAUGAAUUGGCUCAGGAGUUUGCACCAUACAAGCAGCAACUGCAGUUCAAUUUGCAGAACACUCGGAAUAACUUUGAAAGCACUAGGCAGGAAGUGGAGAGACUCAUGCAAAGAAUGAAAUCAGCCAAUCAGGAUUACAGACCACCGAGUCAAUGGACAAUGGAAGGCUAUCUCUAUGUGCAGGAGAAACGACCUCUUGGAUUUACAUGGGUAAAACAUUACUGCACUUAUGACAAAGGAACAAAAACUUUUACAAUGAGUAUAGCUGAAGCCAAAUCUGGUGGAAAAGUGAAUGGCCUUGUCACAGGCUCACCAGAAAUGUUCAAGCUCAAAUCUUGCAUCAGGAGAAAGACAGAUUCGAUUGACAAACGUUUCUGUUUCGAUAUUGAAGUAUAUGAGAGACCUGGAAUCAUCACACUGCAAGCUUUUUCAGAAUCCAACAGAAAACUUUGGCUCGAAGCUAUGGAUGGAAAGGAACCGAUCUACACACUGCCAGCCAUUAUUAGCAAGAAGGAAGAAAUGUUCUUAAAUGAAGCAGGUUUCAACUUUGUGAGGAAAUGUAUUCAUGCUGUAGAAACAAGAGGUAUUACAAUCCUGGGAUUGUACAGAAUAGGUGGUGUAAAUUCCAAGGUGCAAAAGCUGAUGAAUACUGUAUUUUCCCCUAAAUCUCCUCCUGAUAUGGAUAUUGAUAUGGAACUUUGGGACAAUAAAACAAUAACAAGCGGACUAAAAAACUACCUCAGGUGUCUUUCAGAACCGCUGAUGACUUUCAAGCUGCACAAAGAUUUCAUUGUUGCUGUUAAGUCAGAUGAUCAGAACUACAGAGUUGAAGCAGUGCAUGCACUUGUGCAUAAGUUACCAGAGAAGAACAGAGAGAUGCUGGACAUCCUUAUUAAGCACUUGGUCAAGGUAUCAUUGCACAGUCAGCAAAAUCUAAUGACUGUAUCAAACCUUGGUGUUAUCUUUGGACCAACUCUGAUGAGAGCCCAAGAAGAAACCGUGGCUGCUAUGAUGAACAUUAAGUUUCAGAAUAUCGUCGUUGAAAUUCUGAUAGAGCAUUAUGAAAAGAUAUUUCACACUGCACCAGACCCCAACAUUCCUCUUCCCCAACCUCAGUCCCGAUCAAGUUCAAGAAGGACAAGAGCCAUUUGUCUCUCCACAGGUCCACGUAAACCCAAAGGAAGAUAUACACCGUGUCUAGCAGAUCCUGACAGUGAUUCGUACAGCAGUAGCCCAGACAGCACUCCCAUGGGCAGCAUUGAAUCUCUCUCUUCUCACUCCUCUGAGCAGAACAGCACCACCAAAUGCACACCCUCUCAGCCAAGGGAGAAAUCAGGAGGGAUUCCAUGGAUUGCCUCUCCUGCUUCUUCUAAUGGCCAGAAAAGUUCAGGCCUUUGGACUACAAGUCCAGAAUCCUCAUCAAAGGAGGAUGCAACCAAAACAGAUGUGGAGUCAGACUGCCAAAGUGUAGCUUCUGUCACGGGACCAGAGAAUGCCUCUCCACCAACAGACCUGACCAAAAAGAGUUCCUACAGUCUGUCUGGGCUGAAAAGGUCUUCAGCAUCUUCCCUUAGAUCAAUUCCAUCAGCUGAAGGAAACAAAAGUUGCAGUGGAUCUAUACAGAGCUUAUCUUCAACAGAUACCAAAGAUACAUUAAAGGCUCCACCAAACCCUGAUUUGCCUCCCAAAAUGUGCAGGAGAUUAAGAUUAGAUACUGCAUCAAGUAAUGGCUAUCAAAGACCAGGAUCUGUAGUGGCUGCAAGAGCACAGUUGUUUGAAAGUGCUGGUUCACUUAAACAAGUUUCUUCAGGACGGCAAGCAAAAGCCAUGUAUUCCUGUAAGGCUGAGCAUAGUCAUGAGCUGUCUUUCCCACAGGGGGCAAUAUUUUCCAAUGUGUAUCCAUCAGUGGAACCAGGAUGGUUAAAGGCAACUUAUGAAGGCAAAACAGGACUAGUUCCUGAGAAUUAUGUUGUCUUCCUCUAGUAAUCUUUAGUGGAGAGCAAUAUCUUCAUGGUAUCCAUGGUAACAAAUAAUAAGCACUGUGAUUUUUAUCUGACACAGAUAUGGGAUCAGCCCCUUAGCUGAGUGGUAGAUUUCCUUCAGAUGCUGCUGCUGCAGGUUACACAGCUCCCUGUCAGUGGAACAGAAUGUAAUGAAACAGUUAACAGUUUCUGUACUGAAGACGGUACUCUGCCUAAAUAACUUCCAUUGUUUGCAAAAGGUUGUUCUGUUCUUCUUUUAUGGGUAAGGAACACUAGAGCAAUAAAAUAAAAAAAAAGUUGCUAUUUAGCUGCAGACUUUCAGGUCCGAGGAUGUUGCUCACAGAAGUGUGAAAUUUAGAGGCAAUGCGCUCUAUGACAUCUCUCGCAAUCUCUGUUUUUUAAUACGGAAAAUCAUGGAUUUUUUCAUAAUGUAAGUACUGUUUCUAUUGUGAUCAGAAUUCUCCCUUAGAAAACUUGAUUCUAAAAUUAGUCCUAAUCAUUUCAAAUACAAAAUGAGUUUUCUGUAAAUUAGAAGUUUUAACUUCUGUUAGUCAUUGAGAUUACAAUAUGUUAGAGGAUUUAUGCAGCUGAUAAUAUCAGUUUAUACACUGCCUGAGCAGUAAGUGCUCAUUCAAAAUGUGAUAUGUUUAAUGAAUGUUUCAUUCAAAUACUUCUUAGAUUCAUUUCUUUCUUUCUGUUAUCAGGAUAGAUAAUAUUAACAACUUUUAUUUCAAUGAUACCCAUCAUCUGGAAGAUAUUCUCAGUAUAUCCCAAAACAACAUCUGUAGAAAACAAGGAGAUGCUGAAUCUGGACUGAUUGGUAGUCUUGAAAAGUGAGCAGUGAAAAACAGUAGUAUGUUUUGAAACCUGACAUAAACUGUAACUGAUUCUUUUUCCAGCUUUUUUCCUUGCAAAUAAGACAAGUGGCCUGUGAACUAGCCAGUUUUAUAAGCUAUGAAUGCUGAAAGCUCCAUGUAGCAAUGAAAGUAUUUAGUAUUAUUUCUCCUGACUUCUGCUAAAAUAUUUGACAAAGAUUUCUCUCCUUCCACAGAAUAAAAAAUCCUUACUUUUUAAAGGUGUUGUAAAGACCAGUUGAUUGCUUCUGGUAGGACUGAAGAGAAAAAAA